AUGCAGCAAGCAGAUGAUAACGUUAUUUCUACAACGUUUCCUUUGGUCCCAUUAACUUCACAACAAAUAAGAGAAACACAACUUCCAUUAAGUUUGGUUAUUAGACCAUUUUUACAUGAGGUGCAACAAAUUCCAAUGCAAUUAUUAAGAAUUCCUAAAUGUAAAAUAUGUUCUGCAUAUUUUUCACCAUUAACCCACUGGAUUUGUCCACAUUCAAGGUAUUAUUGUUGUGUUUGUCAUCAAAUAGUUGCAGACCAACCACGGAGGUUUAUUGAUUGUGAUAGAAACAAAGAGAUAAUUCCAGAGUUAAAUAAUAAUUGUGUUGAAUAUUCAGGAGCUCGAAUAAAAGAAGAAACUAAUUUUACAAAUAUAUUAAUUAUUGAUCAGUGCAUUGUUAAGGAUAUGCAACCAUUUAUACAAACAAUUAAAAAUUCAUUUACUAUUUUAAUAUGUUCUAAUACUAUAUCAACUAUUGUUAAAGGAACAAAUGGAUAUACAGAAAAAAUCUUUUUAAAUUUAACUGAAGAUGAUAUCAUGCAAUUGUGUCCAAUUUAUUCUCAUACCAAAGCAUAUAAAAUUGGAGAGUGGUGUAAAAAUUAUAAAGGAAACGUUUUUAAAGGUAAUUAUUUAAUUGAAGAAUGUUUAACUAUUGCAUCAAAAAUUAUUGGAAAAUAUGGAGUUAUUCAAUGUUUUCAUUCUCUUAACUAUGAGUACAUGAAAUCAAAAUGUAAUAAAGAUCAAAUGAAAGACUUUGGAAUUGAUUGUAUGAAAAACGCAAUAAUGAUAAAUCAUUAUUUAAUUGGAGUGAAAAAUACUAUUGAUUGUUCUCUUUUAAGAAUUCAAUCAAAAUUAACAAAUGGAACUUUUAUAUCAAAUACGUUAAUAGAUUCUUGUUUUAUUGAAAAAGUUAAUAGAACUAUAGUUGGAUAUAAUGGAAAUAUAAGAAUAAGAACUCCUGAUAAUAUUGAUGUAAUAAAAGCAUUUGGUUGUGUUGUAGGAGAUAGUUUUGGGGAUUGUAAAGUUGGAGUAUUAACAAAAGACCUUACUGUAAUAUUUAAAUUAAAAGAAUUAGAAGAAAUGGUUAAAAUAAAACAUCAAUAUCAAGUUAUUGUUACUUACAUUGGUAUUAAUGGAACAAAAAGAAUAAGAGUUUUAAAUUUAGGAAUAACUGUUGCCCCACAUAUUUUGGAUGCAAUAAAAUCUGUUCAACCUCAAAUGGUUAUAUUAACAAUGGUUAACUCAAUGGCAAAUGACUAUUCUAAUGGAAUAAAUAAAAAAGAUAUUUUAAAGAAAUAUACUGAUAGGUUGGUUACUUUUCUAUCAUACAUGGGAAAAAAUCAACCAUUUUCACAAUUCUUUCAUGUCCUUUUUAAAAAAUUUAUGGAAGUUGAAGGAGUUCAAGAACAAGAACUCAUUUUUUCAAUGGAAAAAGUUCAUAGAAAUGUUAUUACAACACUCGUUCCAAAAAUUGUAAUUGUAAAACCUCCAAAUCAGUUCUUAAUUAUUAGUAAUGAAAUUUUAGUAGUAAAUUGUGAAUUAAUGUCUUUUUAUGCUAAAGAAUUAAAAAAGAAGUUUGGUGUUCAAGCUAUUGAAAAAUCUUGGCAAUUAAAAUUAACUUUUAUUGAAUCAGUACUUCACCAAGCAGAUAAUUAUCAAACCUAUUUCAAUUAUCUAAUGUCUUUGACUUAA